UUUGUCUACCCAGGGCCUUGUUCUGAGCCUGGUCUGUACACACUCAGUCCACGGAGGAAGGUAGCUGGCAGGCGGAUGGACCCACUCACUGGUGCAGCAGCGGCCCGGGAGGCUGCAGGGACAUGGGACCUGCAUCGGAAGUCUCCCACUCUCCAGUGAUGCCCCUGUGAGGAGAGAAUGCAAACACAAGCAGGUCACCUAAGGGUGGCUGCUAAGCUGCCUUCUCCGAGGCUUGGAGCCACAGAAAGCCCACCUCAGCGCAAGGAGCGCCAUGACCGAAGUUGGCUGGUGGAAGCUAACCUUCCUCCGGAAAAAGAAAUCCACUCCCAAGGUGCUGUACGAGAGCCCUGACACCUAUGCCCAAUCGGAGGGCAGCCCUGAGCCCCCUCGGCCUGACGAUGGGAGCCCCGACAGUGACUUCAGCACCCGCCUGGAGAAGAUUGUGGACAAGAGCACAAAGGGAAAGCAUGUUAAAGUCUCCAAUUCUGGCCGGUUUAAGGAGAAGAAAAAAGUCCGGGCCACGUUGGCAGAGAACCCCAACCUGUUUGAUGACAGGGAGGGCAAAAGACAGUGAAGGGGGCCAAGCAGGACGCUAGCCCCUUCCCAAUCCCUGCCGUCAGCUGGAUCUGAGGCAGGAGUUUGCCACGCUGGCCUCUGUGGCCACAGCUGAAGUCGUGGGGACUUUUGAUGCCUGCUGGCAGGAAAUGUCUGGUUUUAAGUUUGUAUUUAUGUGGCCCAGCUUUCUGGAAGGUCUGGGAGAUCCCAGAUCCUCCUACCUCCCCUACCACAUACAAAGGCACUCCAGUUCAAGGAUGAAAAGCCCCACCCAGGAAGGACAGCCCUCCUUGAAGCAGUUGCAGCGCCCACAGGGAGGUGGGCAUGGCAAGGAGUGGAGCUAGGGGGCUGCACAGACAGCCCCUCCUCCCAGGGCCCGAGGUCAAGGGUGAGUUCGAAUUGCUGCUCCUGCUACUUUCUCUACCCGUGACUGUUCUUAGACCAAAUCUGAGAGUGGAUUUUCCAGAAGCCAUGUGAUGGGGGGUGGCUUCCUGGAGCCAGAGGCAGAGACACUGAACUUGAGUUCACCUCCUCAAACAAGUGGGAGACUUCCUGGAACUUUGCCUCCAGGUGUACAUUGUGGGAGGACCCUGGCACUUGCUGGGGGGUGCUGCAGAAGGCCAGGUUAGGGCCCCCCACCCCCUGUUCCUGCAUAUACCCUCAAAGGCAAGCUACACUGGCCCAAAGGUCCAAACUGGAAGAGGGGUGGUGAGACUCUGAAAGGAGCUAGAAGCAGCCAAUUCUCUCCUCUCCUCCCCUACUAGUAUUUAAGAUGGAUCAGCCCCAGAAAUGAGUCCUGGAGCCUUGAAUUUUGUUUAAAAAAAAUGGUAGUUUUCUCUUUUUGUAAUAAACGACGCUUCCAAAGCAGAGAGCCUUUUUCUGCUCGUCUUGCAUUUAUUGUGCUGUUUCUUGCCUUUACCUCCCUUCAUGUAAGUCAAGUAGAACUUUGUGCUCAAACUGUCCCUUUCGAGCAUCAGGAAGGGUCUCCAGGUCUGAAAUUGUAGCA